AUGGGAACACCCAAGGAUGCAUCAUACUACAACUAGACAUAGUUCCUGGGUACCUUUGAUGCCAGAAAUAAAAAUAUGACUCUUGCCAAGAAAUAAAUACCUUAUUUGAAUCAUUAAGUUUCAGAUUAUGAAAGAAGCGAUUUCAGGAAGGAAUAGUCCUUACCAAAUAUCAAGCAAAAAUCCAAAUCAUAAAAUCACAAUAUAGAUAUAAAAGAAAUGCACAGAUUUGAAGAGUAAGAAGUACUUACCCAAGUUCAUGCAGAACCUGCUGGAAAAUUAAAAGCAGCAAUCUAAUAUAGCCAACAAAUUCCAAAGACUGAUUUUAAAACUCUUUAGAAGAAAAUGUUUAAGAAGGUACCUGACACAUUACAUGAUUCCAGAUAUAGCAAAGACCACUUACUAGAAAUGGCUUACAAUAUUAGGCCAUUUAUAAAAAAUGCCUAAGAAAAAAGUCUAUAAAACCUCGGUACAUAUAUUUAAAAGCAGUAAAGAACUUUAUAAAAUAAAUUCACUAAACAUGUAUCUGCCAGUAAAAAUAAUAAAACUACUAGAGAUAGAAUAUUGAACAUUACUUAAGACUUGAUAGACGAAAGUGUCAACACUUUUGAUAAAGAUAGCACAAUUUUAGCUGUGUCUUUGAUAAGUAAGUCUUCCAUCAAUAGAAAUAAGUCAAACAUAAAUAUGGGUAUGAAAAUAUAAAAGAAUGAAGGAGAUAGAUUAAUUUUGCCAAUGGUAAAGCAAUUGAAUGAAUAAUCUACUGUUAAUCUAAAUGACUAAACUAUUUUCAAAGUAGACGUUAAAUAUAAACAGCCUCCAGAACAACUAAGUUUGAAAGAGCAAAUUAGCAAUUUAAAAGAUGUAUAAAAAUCUCGAAAAGAUGGAGGACCUCUCAGCCCUAAUAAAGAUUCUAGAAAUUUAGAUUCUCCCACUUUAAUUAUAAAUAAUUAACUUGAAAACAUUAACAGCAUCUAUAACAAAAAGGAUUCCAAAUCAGGUUUAUAGACUUCAAGGAAUCAACCUUGA